GAGCGGGUCUGUGCUGCUGAAACGCCUGCUGGCUGGAGACCCGAUGGGUGCUUGCCUCUCUCAGGCGGAGAGGUGAGGCGGGCGGCUGUGCGCAGGCAGCGGCGAAGGAGGAAGAGAAGGGCAGCCGGAGAGAGAUCGGGCGCCCCCUCGGAGGCUAAGCACCCCGGCUUCUCAGGGGUCGCCCUUCGGCCGCUGGCCGCGACCAUGGCCUCGCUGGUGGACGGCGUGAGGGGCCACGGCCGUAUAGCCGCGGGGCUCCUGCUCAACCUGCUGGUGUCCAUCUGCAUCGUGUUCCUCAACAAAUGGAUCUACGUGCACCACGGCUUCCCCAAUAUGAGCCUGACUCUGGUGCAUUUCGUGGUCACCUGGCUGGGCUUGUUCAUCUGCCAGAAGCUGGACAUCUUUGCGCCUAAAAGUCUGCCGCCCACCAAGCUCCUCCUCCUGGCGCUCAGCUUCUGUGGCUUCGUGGUCUUCACCAACCUCUCUCUGCAGAACAACACCAUCGGCACCUAUCAGCUGGCCAAGGCAAUGACCACGCCGGUGAUCAUCGCCAUCCAGACGUUCUGCUACCAGAAAACCUUCUCCACCAGGAUACAGCUCACGCUGAUUCCUAUAACUUUAGGUGUUGUCCUAAAUUCUUAUUACGAUGUGAAGUUUAAUUUCCUUGGAAUGGUGUUUGCUGCUCUUGGUGUUUUAGUUACAUCCCUUUAUCAAGUGUGGGUAGGAGCCAAGCAGCAUGAAUUGCAAGUGAACUCAAUGCAGCUGCUGUACUACCAGGCGCCGAUGUCGUCCGCCAUGCUGUUGGUGGCUGUGCCCUUCUUUGAGCCAGUGUUUGGACAAGGAGGAAUAUUUGGCCCCUGGUCAAUUUCUGCUUUGGUCAUGGUGCUGCUGUCUGGAGUCAUAGCUUUCAUGGUGAACUUGUCGAUUUACUGGAUCAUCGGAAACACUUCCCCAGUCACGUAUAACAUGUUUGGACACUUCAAGUUCUGCAUCACUUUAUUUGGAGGCUACGUCUUAUUUAAGGAUCCAUUGUCAGUUAACCAGGGUCUCGGGAUUCUUUGUACGUUAUUUGGCAUUCUCGCCUAUACCUAUUUUAAACUCAGUGAGCAGGACGGAAGUAAGAGUAAACUGGCACAGCGUCCAUAACUGGGUAUUUGUGAAGAAAAGCAAGCUGCCUCAAGAAGAUCAGGGAGAAAAUGUCCAAUGUGCAAAUUACUUUCAAAGAAGAAAAAUUAUAAUUCCGUAAUUAUAGUUUCAUGAAUCAUGGUUUGUAAGAAAUAAUGCAAAGGGAAUUUUAUUCAUAAAUGUGAAUUUUCUUAAGACCUUUUAAAAUAAGUUCCCAUGCAAACAUGGGAUGUCUGUUCAACGAUAAUGGUAUUAAGUAUGAAUUAUAUAAGAGGGUUUGGUUAGAUCAGGUGGAGUACAUGAAAAUUCAGUCUAUAGUGAUGACGAAAGAAUUAGUAUUACUGUAUGACAGGUAUUCGGAUUCUUUUGAGGAAAGACCUCUGGCCCCUCGCACUAGUAGAUGGCUUCUCGUUUCUUGAUUCUACCCACAGUGUUCAAAUCACAUCUUACAUCCCCCACAUCCUUUUCAUUGGCUUAGUUUUACUUCCUGAUUGGUGUGGAAAGCAAAGUUUAGUAAGGGGAGAGAGUAACCCAAAAGACAAAAUCAUAUCAAAAAAGUGAAAAUUUCUAGUAGAACACUAAUAUAAGAGAAAACACAUAACCAAAAACAAAACCGAAGCGAGUUUCUGUAGUCGCCAGCCUAGGCUCAUCGACAAACAAGGAAGGCAACACAGCUUCCUGAUAGCAGCCACUCGGUGGCCCUUUCUGGCCUUCACUCCCCAGAGCUGGCUCUCCACAACUUAGGACUCUCCUUCCAGCCAGCACCAGCCUCUGCUGGCUCUCACUGCCCACAGCGGUUCCACCGCCCUAGAGAGACGUGCAGGACAAGCAGGGACUACCUCUGCUGGAGGUCACCCAUUUACCAGGAGGGUAGAAAGGAAAGGAUCAUCUGGCAGGGUCUGGCUGAGGUCCCUUCAGGACGUGCCAUGCCUGCAGAGACCUUCUGGCCACACUCGGAAGCCUGAAAGAGGGCCUUUCAGGAUCCGCAUCAUUGGUGCCCAGUGCCUGUGCCUGACUGGGGCCCCAGCCCACUAGCAUGAACCGGUCCGGAUGGCGGAGUUCAUCUUGCCUCCUCGCUCUCUGAGCUUGGCUGCCAGAUGGGUCCUGUGGAGGCACACUCAUUUACCUGUGAUUAAAUGUAGCCUGGCUGCUUCAUAAGAGACCCUGGACUGCCGGCAAAUCCCCAGACCUGUUUUCAGAAAGCAGAGAGGCCAAAUCAAGUUCUGUGCCAUACCGCAGGCAUUUUCUUGUUGGGCUUUCUGGGAACUCUGGAGUCUCUGGGGGGACUUCAAAAGCAAAAUAGUCUCAUGUGAAAGUAGCUAAAAGAGAAGACAGUAGAUGGAACUGAACAGGUUUCUUCUGAUCCUAAGACCUGCUUCCCAGCCCCUCUCAGCAUUUCACAUGGGUAAUUUGUAUUUUAUGAUUUAUGUUGAACAUAUGCAGAACACUCAAAGCAGGCAUUUAUUUAAACAGGCAAAGGCCUUCUGUAGUUCCUAUUGGAAAUGUCUUAGCACCUUCUCCCCGCCCCCAUCCCUCCCCCCCUCCCCACCUUUGCGGCUGAAAUGGACCUUUCUUUGGAAUUUGGCUUUGGAGUGGAUUGUGCUCCACCUUUCCAAUGCGCAAUUCAGAGCAAAUGUGCGACCCAGACACCAAGCAGGAACUUGGUGAAAAGAUGAGGAGAAAUUUUAAAGAGAAAUCAUCAAGAAGCAACUUAGUCCCAUGAGUUUUAUUGUUGUUUUACAGGAAACUACUUAAGGCAGCUUUUAAUAAUGAAAUCUGGCACUUGGAGCAAGAAAACAAAAAGCCAAUAAAUACUAACAUCCAUUAGUCUAUACUGAUAGGGACAUUUUAAUAAGUACAUCAGGUGAUGAGAAAGGAAAGCCAUUCCUUACAGUGCAAUUCCAGUGCAUGACUACAGAGCGAGUGCUCAAAGCAGGAAAGCACCAUUUGUUAACGACCGCAUUACUGGCCAGUCAGUCCCACGAGUCUUUAAAGGACAAUUUAAGAGAAUCAGAGUCUGGCCGGACUACAUGAUUCCCAUUGAAGGAAAUAAAGUGCCACUUAUUUAACUGCAUGAUGUAUUCUGACCUUCCACCGGCUCGGCUUUUAAACAUUAAAAAUAGUUGGUAGUCCCUCACAGUGAAUUGAGUCAGACAGCUGCUCCUGAUGCACUUUGAGGAAAAGGCUCAAACAGGACAAAGAGCCACAGGUAUAAAAUAGUCCCCUUAGACUUGCUUUCUGGCCCAGUGGACGUGAAAAGCCACAGUGAACAUCUAUUUCAUCGAAAUGUACGUUUCUGAAAAUCUGUUGUGUGUGUUUUUUCUGUUGUUUUUUUCUCUAAACAGCCUUUGGUCCAUCUGAGUUUAAAAGACAUAUUUCACUGCGCUUUGAAAUGCAAUUUGUGCUGAGCCUCGGAUGUUAUGUUUGUCGAAGAAAUAACUAAAUGUGUGUUUAAAUUAGCAUCAUUGUUUCCCCAAAACUGGAGCCACAUAUUUCAGCACAGUGAGGGUUAUGUGACCUUUAGACCCCGAGAACAGCGGAGUUUGUGCCAGGAUCCUAACUGACGAUUAAACUCAGGGCCAUAUGGAAGGUUGUAACCAAUGGCUGGUGUCAAUAGGAAUGCAGUCAGAAGGUUGGAGCUGGACGGUGGGGAUCUUGGGUGAUGAGUAAAUAUGCACUGCUAGAUUUAGAGUCCACGAGCAUCUUUUGUCCUGAAGACGAUGGUCCCAUGAGGAAGAAUUCCUGGGAGGAAUGAGUGCAUCUGAUUAUCGGGACCAGCAGUAGACAACCCAGACUGGAGAGCUUUUGAAGAAGAUGGACAAUCCUUUUGUUACCAACGUUAUUUUUUAUCUUAUGGUAAAUGAUUGAACUUCUGUUUGUACCCUUUACAAAUAAAAAGAACAUGAUGUUUUUA